GUGUGCGGGGACCUCGGGGGAGCUGGGCUCCGCGUGGGCAAGGGCGCAGUGUCCCCAGGAGAGUUUCCCCGCAGAAGUGUCCAAUCUGCCUUGUCGGCUGGUACGUGGGGGAAGGGGGUGUUUGGGGGCGGACGCAUGUGUCUGGGUGUCUAUAGCAAGCAGAGUGUUUGAGCACGUCUGAGGAGUGGGAGCCAGCGGCCCACACUAUCCUCCUGCUCUGACCAGGAAGAUUGCUCCUUCACCUUGCCUCAGUUUCCUGAGGAUGCAGACAGAGAAGAGGCAGAAAGCCCCUCGCAUUGGCACAAGCUGUAUCCCAUUGCCCAGGGAGACCGCCAAUCACCUAUCAAUAUCGUAUCCAGCCAGGCUGUGUACUCCCCCAGCCUGCGGCCACUGGAGAUUUCCUAUGAGGCCUGCAUGUCCCUCAGCAUCACCAACAAUGGCCACUCUGUCCAGGUAGACUUCAAUGACAGCGAUGACCGAACCGUGGUGACUGGGGGCCCUCUGGAAGGGCCUUACCGCCUCAAGCAGUUCCACUUCCACUGGGGCAAGAAGCAUGACACGGGUUCAGAGCACACAGUGGACGGCAAGUCCUUCCCCAGUGAGCUGCAUCUGGUUCACUGGAAUGCCAAGAAGUACAGCACCUUUGGGGAGGCAGCCUCAGCCCCUGAUGGCCUGGCUGUAGUUGGCAUCUUUCUGGAGACAGGGGAUGAGCACCCCAGCAUGAACCGUCUGACAGAUGCACUCUACAUGGUUCGGUUUAAGGGCACCAAGGCUCAGUUCAGCUGUUUCGACCCCAAGUGCCUCCUGCCUGCCAGCCGGCACUACUGGACCUACCCCGGCUCCCUGACAACUCCGCCACUCAGUGAGAGUGUCACCUGGAUUGUGCUCCGGGAGCCCAUCCGUGUCUCUGAGAGGCAGAUGGAGAAGUUCCGAAGCCUGCUUUUCACCUCAGAGGAUGAUGAAAGGAUCCAUAUGGUAAACAACUUCCGGCCACCACAGCCACUGAAAGGCCGUGUGGUCAAGGCCUCCUUCCAGGCCUGAGCUGCCCAGCUGGCCACUAGGGCAACAUCUUCCCAAGGGCUUCCACGUCAGCAGACACCAAACCAUCUGAGGCUUCCUGCCUGGGGGGUGCUAUGGACCCCUCUUCAGCCAGCUUGCUCCUUGACGACCCUGGAGGCUUCUUGAUGGGACCCUAGAGUUUGGGGCACCCGUCAGCUGCUCUGGGGACAGGAAGGACAGGAGUUGAGCAGGGGUCCAAACCUGGGGCUGCCUCUGCUCUCUACGACCCAAAGGCCCCUGGGAACCUUCUUUUGUCUUCCCCACUGGUAGUGGCAGCUACCCCAUCCUGAGCUCACACUGUGAUGGAUGCGACCAAGCUCCCUGGAGUAGGCAGCUGGCACUUCCAGAAAGACUCAAGCAAUAAUUAGAGGUGGGCAGAGCUGCCCUCUCGGCAUUACCUCUUCUGCAGGCCUCUGCCAUGCACGCACCUCACUGCCGGGCCAUUAAAAUCAGCACCCAGCCCGCUGGAGGUGACUUGGCCUUCUCCCUCCAGCCUCCUGCUACCAUAGGCAGGCUCUGGCUACAGCUUAUGUAGUAUCUCCCCUUGUCCCCACCCAGCCACCAAAGCCACCUACAUAACAAUCCAUUCAUGUUUAAUUAAUAAAUUCAUGUAUCCAUGCAACAAA